GGCUGGCUCCUUCCAAGAUGGCGGCGGCUGUGGCGGCGGCGAUGGCGGCGCGGAGCCUGGCGCGUUCCCGGGGGGCCCUGCUCAGCCCGUGCCCGGCCGGGGGCCCUCGCGCUCGGGCCAGCAUGGCAUCUCUGGCGGGUCUCUCGCGAGGCAAGAAGGUGGUCCUGAAAGUGUUGGGAGUCUUGACGGCUGGAGGGGCCGGCCUGGCUGUGGCCCUCCACUCGGCGGUCAGCGCAGGCGAACUGGAGCUGCACCCGCCCAGCUUUCCCUGGAGCCACGGCGGACCCCUCUCCGCCCUGGAUCACAGCAGCGUCCGGCGCGGCUACCAGGUGUACAGGCAGGUGUGCUCCGCCUGCCACAGCAUGGAGUACCUGGCCUUCCGCAACCUCGUUGGCGUUUCACACACAGAGUCCGAAGCCAAGGCCCUGGCGGAGGAGGUCGAGGUGCAGGACGGCCCAGACGAGAACGGGGAGAUGUUCAUGCGCCCUGGGAAGCUCUCGGACUAUUUCCCCAAGCCCUACCCCAACCCUGAAGCGGCCCGGGCAGCCAACAACGGAGCCCUCCCUCCAGAUCUCAGCUACAUCGUCAAUGCCAGGCACGGCGGUGAGGACUAUGUGUUCUCCCUCCUCACUGGCUACUGCGAUCCGCCGGGUGGUAUAAGCUUGCGGGAGGGCCUCUACUACAACCCCUACUUCCCCGGAGAAGCCAUCGGCAUGGCGCCCCCCAUCUACAACGAGAUCCUGGAGUUUGAGGAUGGUACCCCGGCCACCAUGUCCCAGAUCGCCAAGGAUGUUUGCACCUUCUUGCGAUGGGCGGCGGAGCCGGAGCAUGAUCACCGCAAGCGGAUGGGCCUGAAGGUGCUGCUGAUCGGGGCCCUCCUUGUGCCUCUCACCUACUACUUGAAACGGCACAAGUGGUCCGUCCUCAAGAGCAGGAAGAUUGCCUACCGGCCACCCAAGUGAUCCGCACAGAGGGCGCGGACCUCUCCCUGAUGCCAAGGGGCGGCCCCUGCCCUCUCCUGCCCUGGGAAUGUAUGCGCAGGCAGGCAGGAGAGGCGUGUGCUGCUCCUCUCUUCAUUGGCUGUUAUUUAACACGUUUCCAUCCGGUCUGUCACCCGCCGAGUCUUGGGAAGCGGACCCUGGGAGUCGCGGGGGUGGCGGGCACCCAAUAAAUGCGCUUCUUCAACCAGA